AAAAAAGAGAAGUUUACACACUUGGUAGUAGGAGUUGGUACAUGACAGAUUAUGAACAUGAAGAUAUUGAUGAUAAUAGAAAUACACUCAUGCACUGGAAAGAACUUUCCUCAAAGGAAAUUAUUCAAAUUGUUUGUGGACUAAACUUUUGUGCUUGUUUAAGUAGAAAUGGAGAUAUCUAUACUUGGGGAAAUGGAAUGUAUGGACAAUUAGGACAUAGAGAACAAGUUGUGAGUGCCUAUGAGGAAUUUAAAGUUCCACGUCCAAUUAAAAUUGACAAUUUUUCGAAUGGUAUUUAUUUAUGUGCAGGUGAGGAAUGUAUGGCCUGUAUUACUAGAGAACGACAUUUAUACACGUGGGGAAAGAAUUUUUGUGGAAUGUUGGGACAUGGUGAUGAAAAAGAUGUGUUUGAACCAAAACGUGUGAUUGGUGUGACAGGUAAUUUCAAGAAGAGUAUGCCAAUGAUUCAAGAUGACGAUGAUGAUGAAGAUUUGGAUGAAGAUGACGAUGAUAUUGGUGUUGAUAAUUUAGAAAAAGAAGAAGUUAUUCAUGUUUCAUGUGGUCAAUCUCACAUGGCUUGCGUAACAGCAAAAAAUGAAAUUUUCACAUGGGGAAAUAACUUUUUAGGACCUUUGGGUCGUAUUUUGGACACAAAACAGGAAUCUGAUUUUUAUCCACAUUUAGUUGAUUUGGUUCAAGUUGGUGAUUUGGUUACUGAAGAUAAUCUUAAACAAAGUGAUGAAGUUGACUUUAUUCAAGUUGAAUGUCUCAAAUAUAACACAAUUGCAUUGACUUCUGAUGGUCGUUUAUUCAGUUGUGGUAAGGGUGGUUAUGAAGGAGGUGGUCAAGGUGAAGCUCCAAGAACUCUCUUAUGUAUUGUUCAAUCAUUGGAAGGAAAGAGAGUUAAAUCAGUUGCCAAGAGUUCUUUCGCUACUCAUACAGGUGCUAUUGUAUUGAAUUCAGAUGAUGACAGUAAGAAUCGUGAAGAUUUCUACAUUUGGGGUAAUAAUGAGGAUAACAAAUUGGGUAUUCCAAAUUUGAAUGAUGAAUCUUUGAGUAUUGAUGAAGCAUCUCUUUUACAUCCAAAGAAAUUCCCAUUCUCUACUCCACGUGAUUGCUAUAUGAUUUGUUGUGGUGAAACUCAUACCGCUGUCAUAUUGAAACCACACUCAUCCGAUAAGAAUCCAAAUGCAGACCUCACUUUGGAAAAAUUCGAAAGAGGAGAAACCAAUCCAAAUGUUAGUGCAACCACUGUCAAGAAGGAAAGUACCAAACAAAUUAUUGAAGAAGAGUACGACUCUGAAUCAGAGGAUAGUAAGGGAGAUGAAGACAGUGAUUCUGAAGAUGAGGAUGAAUAUGCUUCCAUUAAGCCAACAGCCACAAUUAUUACUCCAGCCUCAACUAGUUCUGAACCUGAAAAGAAGCCAGCUAGUUCAUCAUCAUCUGAUGUCUAUAAUGAACCACAAAAGACCACUCCAACUGCAGUUGUCAAUGUUGACUUGAGUGAUGACGAGGAAAAACCAAAACCUGUCUCACAACCUGUCAAGCAAACAAACAAGUCAUCAGCAGUUAAAGAAUUACACGGUUAUUUACAAAAGAAGGGUGAAAAGGGUUUGGUCAAACUCUGGCGAAAACGUUGGUUCAAUUUGGAAGGAAAUUAUUUGUGCUAUUAUGAAAAGGAAGGAGGAAAAUCCAAAGGAUCUAUAUGUGUUGAUGACGUUUUGGAUAUUCUUCCAGGUUCAACUCCACUUGCAUUCAAUGUCUCUACAUCUAAUGGAAGAGUCUACGAAUUACAAGCAGGUUCUGAACAAGAAUUAAAAUAUUGGAAGAAUGGAAUUCGUUCUCUGAUUUCACACAAGUAAAUGAACCAUCACUAAUGUAUUUAAUAAAUUAUAAAUUUGAAAUGUAAGUUCAU